UGAGAUUAUCGUUGUUGUUUUAAUGGUAGUAGUAGUAGUAGUAGUAGUAGUGUUUACUAUUGAGUUCAGAAGGUAGAUUACAUUUUAAAAGUUAUUGCUCUCUUCCUCUCUCACACUUACACUCCCGUGGUCAUGCACACGCACACACACACAUACACCCACACACAGCUGAUGGCACGUUUCCUCUUUUCAAGCUGUUGAAUGUGAAAUAUGGAGCUACACUAGCAUUUAUUUUCUUUAAUAAAACUCCCGGUUUAACUCAGUAACUCAGCACUUUACGAUAUUCUAGUUUAAAAAAAAAAACAUUCAAAACUAUCCUGAGAUGUUAUAAUACAGCAAAAAAGGGAUCAAGUGAGUGUCAAAUCACACUACACCAUCAUGAGUUAAGUACCAAAAAAUGUAAUUAUGAUUUUAUUUAGUCACAGAAUAUUAUAGUGAUUACUUCAAUUGUUUGUUAAGGGAUUGGCACCAAUAAUAGGAAUCCAAAUACAGAAUAUUUUAGCAUUUUUUAAAUUCACAUUUAAAUACCCAUUAUCAAAAACUUAGUCUUAAGAAAGAGUGCGAUUAUUCUGGAUUAAACAGAGAAUUUUACUGUUUUUUUAAUCGAUUAACACUAAAAUAUCAAUGAAAUGAACACAUUUCCCAAAAUAAAUUUCACACCGUUAGAUUAUUAAGUGUACAUUGCGCAUUUGGCCACUAGAUGUCGCCAAAAACGGUGUUUUAAAAGUAUUAAGCAGUUGAUGAAUCUCUUUUCUAUUAUAACGUUUAAAUAAUUUAAUUUACUUCAGACAAUGUGAUUCCCUUGAUGAAUGACGUCAGGUCCUUUCUUCCACUUGUCCAUCUGCUCCAUUUUCUCAGAGCCAUUGUGUUCUGGUGGCGAAAAAGAAAGUUUAACACUCUCUCAGCUGGUGGCGUUUCUUUUGCAAAUGAGUGCAUUCUUAGCGAUGGUCCACAGGCACUGUAAUUAGGGUCAUUAGGGGGGGCACGUAGGAACAGGCCGCAUUAUGUGCCCGGGGGGUGUGAAUGGCCCUGGGGGAGGAGAGCCAUAAAGAUCAGCUGAAAUGUGCUGCAUGACCAGAGAGGACUACUGUUAGAAGAAGCUCCAGCAGCCGGUCUGCACCCACAGCUCCUGGACUUUUUUUAUGAGGAAUUUAUUAACCAUGCUUCUUCCAUACAGUCUUCUGCAGAUCCUCGCCUGCCUAAGCAUGCUGCCGGGGGCGCGAGGAGGCUCCCUGUUCGCUCGGACAGCCCAGAGCCCGUCCCAAGAGGAGGCCGAGAAGAUGUGCACCACCCUAGCAAUGCCCUGGACUGAAGCCAGGCUUCAGGGGGGUCACUGGGGUCACAUCUACAGGCUGAAGGUGUUAAACAUGGGCGAAGAUGGACCAAAGAGGGCCGUUUUCCCAGAGCAGUCUCUCUUCCGCUUCGUCCGGCGAGUUUACCACUGCUGUCAGAUGGGCUUCCACUGCGGAGGAGUGAAGGGCUUACAGGGCAGAGAGGCUGGAGGUUCGAGCAUCGAGUUCCGGCUCAGCGAGGAUGUUCUGUCAGCCCCGGUGGUAAGAGCAGAGAUUCAUCUCCAAGUUUCAAACCCACAACAUCUCAACAUCCAGCCACUGCUGCCUUCACUGGAGAAACGUCAGCUACCUACACGAUAUGCUGCUUGGUCUAAAGACGGUGUUUCCGAGUUAAGGGUGGACCUGACUUUCCUCUUUCAGGCUCUUCAGCGGGCCCUUGGUAGUGGCCGAGGUGGCCCUAGCCUUCUAGACAUUCGAAGAGUGGGUGGUUUAAGCAGGCCCUGGGCUUCGGACUCCAGAGAUAAAGGCUUCCAUGACCCAAUCUUAGCUGUGCUAGGCGAAGGACAUGGAGAUGGAUGGUUAGAGCGCUCGCUGCAGUCUGCUGCAGAGCUGGGUCUGGCUCUGCACUGCAGCACGACAGAGACGAACACACAGCCAUGCCAAAACCACAGGGUCCGACUGCUACACACACCAUUCAUCACACUCUCGUACCGAUAGCAGCACCCCCAACACCCAAUGUGCUCUGGAUUAGCCUCAUUGGAGAGAGAUGCAAAUGCUAAUGGCUCCUACUGUUGAAUAACAAUAGAUGAUCUGUUGUAUAUUGUUCACUAAUGCUCUGAAUGCUCUGAGCUUUACAAUACUGUGCACUUCAGCAAGUGAUUUGAAUUUAUUUAAUUUAUAUGGGUGUUGUUUUGUGGAAAAAAAUGUAAAUAGUGUAUGUAAAAGACAUAGUUAUAUAUAAACUUCACUUUUCCUUUUUCAAACUUCUGCUGUUUGAUUUACUGCCUUUUAUUGCAUUUGUGGUACUUUAGCAUUAAAAAUCUAUAUGCAAAAAGUUUUACUUUGGUUGAAUUUUAAACAAACAAAGAAAAUUACAAAUUUUGAUGGUUUUG